CUCCCAUCCAUUGACCCGCCGCAUCACCCGCCACCCACCCGCCACAACCCCCCAAUACCGCUAAAAUGGUUGCCAUGUACACUAUCAUGGGCCGUCAGGUCGGAUCGCAUGUGCUCGCAAUGGCCACGCUGGGCGCCACAUUUACCGGCGCUGCGCUCUCCAUGAGCGGCGGCAAGAAGACGGACGAUACGACUACUCCUCCCAUCAACGCCAAGAGCAGUGAUGAGGAGAACUUUGUAAAGGAGUACGUCAAGAAGGCCGCCGACAAGGUCCAAGGAAAGCAAUAAACGCCGCACGACGAUUCGCAAUCGCACGGAAAUACACACACAUGACACACGCGCGAUAUGAGAGGCUAUGAGGACUACUUCCUGAUCUACGGGUCAUGAGCAAGCAAUUAGUGGUAUUUUGUAGAUAAAAUAUACACCACCACGAGGUUGUUUACCACAUACUACCAA